GGUUCUGAUGAUAUAACUGUAUUUCGCGCACAAGUUAUUUCUACAAAUCAAAGUCUGGGCGAAGUAGUAGCUUCAUGGGAAGAACCCAAAGAGCCUAAUGGUCUAAUAUAUAUGUACCAAAUAGAGUAUAACCGAGUGGAUUUAAUUGAUGCAAAACCUGUUCCAAUAUGCGUGACACAGCAAGAUUUUAUAGACAGGAAUCGUAUGUAUGCAAUUAAGAAUUUAACUCCAGGAAAUUAUAGCAUUCGUGUAAUGGCCGUCUCAAAAGCUGGAAAUGGAAAAUAUUCCGAAAUGAAAUACUUUUUGAUAAUGGAACCAUCUACUGGCCUAACUUCUGGCGAAAUUGUUGGAUAUACUUUUCUUGCACUACUUCUUUCAUUUAUAUUAUCCAUUUUGGCAUAUUUUGUGCACAGAAAGUAUUUUUCUCCGCCUAGCAUUAAGUUAAUCACUUCUGUUAAUCCUGAAUAUGUCAGUAUGCAGUACCAACCUGAUGAAUGGGAAGUUCCCCGAGAGAAAAUAAAAUUGAUAAGGGAAUUGGGUCAAGGCUCUUUUGGAAUGGUGUACGAGGGUAUAGCUUGCGAUUUAGUACAAGGCAACAGUGAAAUCAAAUGUGCGAUUAAAACUGUGAAUGAGCACGCCACGGAUCGCGAGCGCAUUGAGUUUUUGAACGAGGCAUCUGUUAUGAAAGCGUUCGAUACUGCCCAUGUGGUACGCCUGCUUGGAGUUGUUUCCCGUGGUCAGCCUACUUUAGUGGUUAUGGAAUUGAUGGCCAAUGGUGAUCUCAAAAGCUAUCUUCGCUCUCAUCGUCCAGAUAGUGAUGUGUAUGAUCCGGAGAUUUGCGUACAACCACCAACGCUUAAGAGAAUUUUACAGAUGGCUAUUGAAAUAGCUGAUGGAAUGGCAUAUCUUUCAGCAAAAAAAUUUGUGCAUCGAGAUUUAGCAGCUAGGAAUUGCAUGGUUUCAGAAAACCUAACUGUAAAGAUUGGAGAUUUUGGUAUGACGCGAGAUAUUUAUGAAACAGAUUAUUAUAGGAAGGGUACCAAAGGUCUUCUGCCUGUUCGCUGGAUGGCACCUGAAUCAUUAAAAGAUGGUGUUUUCACAAGCAGUUCCGAUGUUUGGAGCUAUGGUGUUGUGUUGUGGGAAAUGGCUACAUUAGCUUCUCAACCAUAUCAGGGAUUGUCAAAUGAUCAAGUUUUACGUUACGUGAUUGAUGGCGGUGUUAUGGAAAGACCCGAAAAUUGUCCAGACCAGUUAUAUGAGCUGAUGCGCCUUACUUGGCAGCACAAACCAUCAGCAAGACCAUCUUUCUUUGAACUUGAGACUUUGUUGCAUGCAGAUGCCAAUCCUGAGUUUAAGAAGAUUUCAUUUUACCAUUCUCCUCAAGGUCAAGAAGCGCUGAUAAAUAUGCAAAAUACAAUUUUAGUCAAUGACGAUCCAUCCACGCCUUUGCAUCACACCGAAGAUGAUGAAUUUCAGUCCGAGUUUGAUGUAAAGAAAACAGGCCAACAAAUGCCAAAACCUGAUCUAAUGGAGAGACUUCUCUCGAGACAUGAAAUGGAUACAACAUUCAGCUUAGAUCAAAAGGUAGGUUCAUAUCAGGACAGUAUGAGUUACAUAGGUUCUACACCAGGCACAUCAUAUGGACAUCGGGAUAGGGAAUUCUCUGAAGAUGCUGGUAGUUUAUUUGGGUCUCGAAGUCCUGCUUUCUAUUCCAUAACGAACAAAAGUAAUGCAGUGUCUCCUGAGCGGCGGCGUAAAGAUUCUGAGGAAGAAGAAACGCAAUUCUCGACAACGGCCCCCAUGUUGCUUUCAAAUGCUAAUGGAUAUAUCAUGGGAGCAAUAACUUCUAAAAAUGGUACUGCCAAUAUCAAAACUGCAGAUCGUUAAUUCUAUUUUAUUUAAUUAAAAAAUCUUUCAUUUAAAAAUAAAUGAAUUCAAUAAGCAUCAAAGUUUACAUCACAUAUUUAUAUCGUUUUAGAUUUCAACCUUAAACCAUAUACAUAUUUGACUUUAAAGCAUA